AUGCUUCCUGAAGAAUAUGAGGCCAGAGCGUGGCCCACGCAGCGUCUUGUGCGUCGUCGACGUCACAAUGUCGGCGUAGGCGAAGGGGUUGUUGUGCUCCUGCGCCGCCACCAGUCCCGAGAAGUGCGCCAUGUCCACCAUGAGGAGCGCCCCCACAGCGUCGCAUGUCUCGCGGUAGCGCGCAUAGUCCCAGUCGAGCGGAUACGCAGAUCCGCCGGCGAUAAUAAGCUUCGGCUUGUACACCUCCGCCGUGCGCCGCAGACCGUCGUAGUCGACCACACCGGUCGGUGUGAUGCUGUACGGCAGCGACUCGAAGAAAACGGAGCUCGCAGAGAUGCGGCGGUGGGUGGUGUAGUAGCCGUGCGUGAGGUGUCCGCCGGCGGGGAGGUCUAG